AAAUUCACGGCUGGCUUUGCAAAUUUGUCGAUCUUAUUCGCCUUCUCAAGGGUUCCAUUCCUCGAUCGGAUUCUCUAGCCACAAUGGUGUCCGCAUCGAACCGUCACAAAAACAUGCACUCCCUUCUUGUGGCCAGUCUCACGAAGCUAACCAUCCCUUCUUCGUCUCCUUCUUCUUCUCCUCCUCCUCCUUCAUCCACAGCCGACUUCGAUUUCUCCGACGUUUUUGGCCCCACAAAUCCCUCCUCGUCAUGUUUUCCGGCGGACCCACAACACCACGAACAACAACCAGAGGUCAUUCACAACAGAUCUCACUCAUUUGUGGGUCCAUCUCCCCGGUUAACUCCUCCGUCUUCCCUUCCAUUUUUCCGAGAAGUCGAUCCACAGAGCGAGGAGGAAGAGGAGGAGGAAGAAGAAGAUGACCUAGAAAUCUCGACUCAAAAUGGCGCUCAAGAGGAGAUGAAGGGGGCGGAUGAGAGUGAAAGUGGUGGUGGUGGUGGAGAGAAGACACAGGGGAAGAUUGGAGUUGCGGAUUUUGAUAUUCUUCGAGUGGUGGGAAAAGGGGCAUUUGGGAAGGUAUUUUUGGUGAGGAAGAAGGGGGAUUGUAAAGGAAACGGCUCUAAUAAUGAUGGGAUUUAUGCUAUGAAGGUGAUGAGGAAGGAUACCAUCAUAAAGAAGAAUCAUGUGGACUAUAUGAAGGCUGAGAGAGAUAUUCUCACAAAAGUUGCUCAUCCUUUCAUUGUUCAGCUCCGCUACUCUUUCCAGACCAAAUCAAAACUGUACUUGAUUCUUGAUUUCAUAAAUGGAGGGCAUCUCUUUUUCCAUCUGUACAGGCAGGGAAUCUUCAGUGAGGAUCAGGCAAGGAUCUAUGCAGCCGAGAUCGUAUCGGCCGUUUCGCAUCUUCACAGCUGUGGCAUUGUGCACCGUGAUCUGAAGCCGGAGAACAUUCUUAUGGAUGCUGAUGGGCAUGUAGUGCUUACAGAUUUUGGACUGGCCAAGGAAAUCGAGAUAUCGAGCCGGUCUAAUUCGAUGUGUGGAACAACAGAGUAUAUGGCUCCAGAGAUCUUGCUUUCUAAAGGUCAUAACAAAGAUGCUGAUUGGUGGAGCGUUGGAGUCCUCUUGUAUGAAAUGCUUAGUGGCCAGCCACCGUUCACGCACGCUAAUAGAAAGAAGCUUCAAGAAAGAAUAAUCAAAGAGAAAGUGAAGCUUCCACCAUACCUGAGCACAGAAGCUCACUCUCUCCUCAGAGGGCUGUUACAAAAGGAGCCUUCUACACGAUUAGGCAGCGGACCCAACGGAGGGGACGAGAUAAAAAAACAUAAAUGGUUUCGACCGGUGAACUGGAAGAAACUGGAAUGUAGGGAGCUGCAACCGAAGUUCAAACCGGAUGUAAAUGGAAAUGACUGCACAGCAAAUUUCGAUCAUUGUUGGACAGCAAUGCCUCCAGACGACUCACCAGCUCCGACGCCAACCGAUGGUGGACACUUCCAGGGAUAUUCGUACGUUGCACCUAACCCUUGGCUUUCAUCCUCUGGAUAGAAUGAUGCUGACCAUGGAGUUCUCACUAUACUGGUAAAUGCAAUUGUACAUCAGUACUAUACUGCCAUUAAAUUAUUGCUCAUUCCACAGCUCAGUGACUUGCAAUCCUUCAGAUACUUUCAAAUGUGUGUGUUGUUGAAAUCUGACUUCUAGACUUCCAAGUUCUUUCCAUGUCUCACCUGUGAUCAAAAACGUAUUGGAUUGGAACUCAAUUUCUUUGCAAAUAUUCUCUCUUUAGUGUUUCAAUUCAAGUUGUUUUACACUUCUGGUCA